UUGACAGAAAAAUGUCCUUAGUGAAAAGGACGGGGGCGAGGGAGUGAAGACGCUAAGUAAGGUCACUGAGUUCAUCAGGUAUGGUCAUGUGACAUCAGCUAAUUAUUAUAAUUAUAUGAACCUGUGUCUUCGGGAUGUAAUGGGGUACCCUGCAGCGCUCAAGCUUUGUUUUCAUGGACAUCGACAAUCUACCCGUGGGUAGAGAGGCAGAUGGCAGGCAAAGCGAAAAUACCAGAAAAAAAGUGCCACUGCACAUGCGUUACAGUCCAGAGAAACACUGAGCAGAACCCAACAGAACAUCAUCAGAAAUCCAAGAAAUGAAAAGGCGAGGAACUCGCUGUGUACGAGCACCAAGAUCCCGUUUCGCUACACCAUGGCUUUCAUGAUGUCCUUUGUUAUGAUUCUCGGCAACGGAUUCAGGCCUGGAUUCGCUGUCGUCAUGACACACAUCACCUCCAACUACUCAGCCAAUGGCGAGGGACUUCUCUUUCCUCUUUGCACCACGCUGAACACAUCACGUGACCUCAGCAUAGACAUGAGUGUCAGCACGGUCUUCUACCUACACGCUACCUACCUGCUUGGCAAUUUUAUAUUCAGAUUUCCCGCUGGCAUCAUAGCAACAUGCUUGUCUCCUUCCAAAACACUUGGGAUAGCUACUCUUCUGUUUAGCUUGGUGACUAUGGCGAUCCCCUUAACUAUACAAUCGAGUGUUUUUCUUCUCUUUGUAGCCCGACUGUUGGCAGGUGCAUUAGAGGGAUUUCAGCAACCAAUCAGCGAUGGACUCUUGGCAGUGUGGUCAUCGCCCCAUGACCUGUCGCGGCUGACUGUGCUGGCGUAUUCAGGAUGUUACAUCGGUGCAAUUAUUUCCUUUCUCCUCACUGGGUCCUGUCUCUGCUACAUUAGCUGGGACAGUAUCUUCUACAUCUACGCUCUAGCUGGACUCUUGUGGUGCAUCGUCUGGUUCGUGUUUUGCGCACGACUCUCCCGACCUACAUCCGGGCUUGUCAAGCGAGGAGCGUUUACUUCUGGAACACGGAUCAGGUCUGAAGAAAAGCUCCACACACAUGCUCAGGAGCGUCCCUUGGCGAGACAUUCUCAGCUCCAGGCCGGUGUGGGCGCUGAUCAUUGCCACCUUCGGCCGAGCGGCGGUGUAUUCCAUGUUGACCAAUGUACAGGCCAGUACUUCCAUGAUGUGUAUGGAAUGAAUUCUGCGGAUAUUGGUCUUCUCGCAGCUCUACCUUAUCUUGUCAUGAUCGUUGCUCCUCCUUGGGCGCCAUCUUGUCAGAUCAUCUCAUCAGCAAAGGUCUGUCCGUGACCAGGACACGAAAGCUGGUAUACAGUAUAGGUAUAGGUGCAGAUGGUGCUUGUCUGGUGGGACUGGCAGCAGUAAACAACUGGGGACUGGCACUCUUUUUGCUGAAUUUCGGUUCCGCGAUGGGUGCCGUGGGGAUGUCCGGCAUGUUGCCACUACCAAUGGACAUGUCGCCUCAGUAUUCGAGAAUUAUUUCCCGGCUUGAUUACAGUCAGUAUGCUAGGAGGAGUCGCCGGCAUGCUCUUUGCCUCCAGAAUUUCAGGUGGAUCGACGGUGGUAGAAGACUGGCAGAUCUUCUUUCUGGCACUGGGGGUGCUGUAUAUCUCCACAGUGCUGGUCUUUGUGUUGAUGGCAUCAGCUGUGCGACAACCCUGGGACAACGAUGUCUCGGAGUACACCAUACUCUACGACAGCAACAAAAACACACAGACGAACUGUGAUGUACAGAGGACCAAAUAAAUAUUAAAAAGUUGUUUCUGGCUUUUCCUGUGAGGAAAUGUUAUUAUACUAUCGUCCUGUUAUUAUUCAGACUUCAUAUAGCGAAGUGACUGACAGCUAGUAGAAAAUGUCUUCCAAGAUGCACAAGUGUAUUUUAGUCCAGGAAAUUUAGAGGUCCUCCCAAUGCCGGUAAACCUCUUGGCGAGGUUGGUGACCAUUUUUGGUGAUUACGCGAUUUUUUAAAAAAAAAUCACAGUCUUGUGCACAGCAACCUUUGCGAAAACCAUGGGACAAAUUCGUCCCAAAGAAUAAUGCUUUCCUUAUUUGUGUGUGUGUGUGAGUGAGAGAGAGAGAGAGGACAGGGAUAAUACACGGCAUUAUCUGUCUUUCUGAAUCACUGGCAUAGAAUUAGUGACUAGCUUCAUCUGAACUGCACCCUGUAUCGAACCCGACUCCAGAGGGCAAUUACAGCAACUGGACACAAGACGCGAUAAUGGAGGACCGAGAAUAGAAACUGCUGAAGCGAGUGAGUUAUCCGCACCAGCAGACACGUGACCUCUGUUUUUCCGUUCACCAGUCAAACGCCAUAAUUUAACACAGCCUUGACACCAGCAUCCAAGCUCUGAUCUCAAUGUUUCAACAAACAACGCCUUUGGACAACUCUUUUUUUUAUUUUUGAAAGAAUAUCAAUUUGUUAGGAUAAGCACAAAUAUAAUAAAAUGUUCUAGAAAC